CUACGUAAAUAUCGAUGUUUUGCGCCAAACGAUUGCGAAACGACUUUUUUGUGUCUCUUUUUCUCUAAUUUCACAUUAUAUUUCCUUUCUCUUUUUCUAUUAAUUUUCGUUCAGUGCAGUCUCUCAAUUUGUAAGGAGGUUUUUUGUAAAUUGGAUUUCAUUUUUUUUAUUUUUAGGGGUUACAAGAGUUUAAGCUGUAGAAUUAAUGCCUGUCUCAUUAGCCUCCUAGUACAACAUUUGGAAGUCUUAUUGUUAAUGGUAGUAGUGAAUUUUCAGAAGCAAACACUUACCAUCAACGACAUUUGGAGCAGCAACCAUUAUCAGGUUAUUUUGUUUUUCGGUGCAUUAUAAUUUGUGGGUAAAUUACUUUCCGGGUUAAAUUACACUUCCCGAACCGAAUUUCGCACCCUGAAACUUGAAUGAGCUAUCGUUUGUAUAAACUUUUUUACUCCAAAAAACCGCCCCUAAGGUUUCUCAAUAUUCAGUGAUCUGUAUCCGAAUAUUGAGAAAUCUGAAUAUUGGUCAGAUUUCAUUGAUCCUAGAAUUAGUUGCUAAAUUUUUUUCAUUCCUAAAUUUUUUCUUUUUUAUGUUUAAUCAAAACUUGUUUGAUGUGUGUCGAACUCCAUCCUACGGCUGCAACAAUGGGGAAACAAUAGGAGAGUGUUACAACGACGUGCUCGGGCGAUUUGCUGUUGAAGUGAUUCUGCCUGGCAACCUUUGA